UAAAUUGAAAAUUCUUAUAGUGCCCCAGGGCAGCUAAAGCAAACAUCUACUAUUUCCGUUCUGUGUCCACGUAUGCAGGUGUACCUGAGUCACCCGGUCUGGUCGUCGAGGAUCACCAUCCUCAUCGGGUCUCCGAUGAGACGGACUGAUCUGGCCCGGGCUCGUGCAGAAAGCGCCAUUGCAUGCUUCAUUCACACCUCUCGCUCCGGACCAGACCCCGAGACUGCCGACCAACACACAGUGAUAAGUGCGUGGUCGGUAAAGAACUUUGCCCCCGACUGCAAACUGUACGUCCACAUUCUGAAGCCAGAGACACGCAUGCACCUUGACCUCGCAGACCAGGUAAUGUGUGAAGCAGAGGUGAAGCUAGCUCUAAUGGCGAACCACGUGAACUGUCCUGGCAUUUCCACCUCGUCACUCUCCUCCUACACACCUUCAAAACAGAGCGGCACGACCUCUCCAGCCCGGACUACCGUCUCUAUGACAUGUGCUCGUCAUGUGAGGUGUAUGAUUCUCGUGUCGGUGACAGCAAAUACUUCCACUUUUCAUCGGGAAGAACUUCCUCUACGCCAGCGUCGUGGCCUACAGAAGGUACCAGGUCACUCUACUUGGAGUGAAACGGAGAGAUUCGCGAGAAAUCCUGCUCAACCCCGGACUCCACUAUAUUCUGGAGGAGGACGACGUCUGUUACUACAUUGGCUUCACCCGCGAAGAGUACAGCAAGGUUCGCGAGACUCCGCCCUCUGCCGUUCGUACGGCCAUCUGGCAGAUGUGCGCCAAUGUCGGUCUCCUAGCGAUAUCGAUCGCGGGGAUUAACGCCGAGCAGUUGGGGGUGGAGCCUGGGGCGGAGUCUCCCGCUGGGGAGGAGGGAGAGAAGGAGAGUAUUGAUGGAGGGUACGUGGAGGAAGAAGAGGAGGAAGAGGAGGAAGAGGAGAGAGAGGAGAAGUCAGAAAUGGAGAAAGUGCUGUCGUGUGUGUCUCAUUCCGCAGUCCGGUUCCAGCUGGGCGGAGCCAGCGAGGAUGAGGGGAUGGAGCCUCCGUCCAGCUGUCUGAUAUCACAGGACCCCUCGACAUCUGACUUACCUUCCUCUGACGCCAUGUAUUCGAUAGUGAAAAGAGGGUUAAAAUUACUCCGCUUCCACUCCAACAUGGACUGUCACGCCAACCCCGUGGUGAAGGUCCAUUUCUGUAACACAACUCCAAUCCCUACUCCGGAGGAACAGGGGAGCACAUUCGACCUUCGACCUCUGAAACACGACGACAUGAGACUCGUUGAAGAGGGACACGGAGGGUUAAAACCGCCACUUAAUCCGAUUCUAGUGACUCCGCCCACCCAUAUUCUUGUGACUCCGCCCACUAGUCGUCCGAGGAGGCGGAGUCUGCGUCGCUCGGUGAGUGAGAGCAGUCUGUCGGGCAUCAUGGCGGAGAUAAUGGCCGAAUCCCCCACCAAGAACAAGGGGAUCAUGUACAGCAGUCAGCUCUCCCUCGUGGGGUCAAAGGGCGACAACCUGAGUCGAGUCGACAGCCACGCCCACCUGUUCCCACCGCUGGCAAAGGUCAUUCGACGGAUGAGUUCGUGGAAUGCUCAUCGUCCGUCUGUUGGUGCCGUUGUUGACUUUGGAGGAUCUGAGGAGGUGAUACUGGAUCUGGAGGAUGUGGAGGAGGAGAGGGAGCUGGAGCAGCUGGAGGACGGGAAGUGCGGGGGAGACGAGGAGGAGGAGGAGAGUGAAGACGAAGUCAACGUCGUACCCCCAAACUCCACAAAACGACCUCUGACCCCUACCCCACCAUGCACCAGUCACAAGUUCGUCAAAGGGUGCCUGCCGAGAGUGCCGUAUUGUGGGUGUGGCUUUCGAGCGGUUUCACCUCCUCCCCGAGCAAAGACCGCACCACACGUUACACAUUGACAACGAGCCCUCGGAGGAACCGGAUUGUGUUCUGGAGGAGAGAGUGGGCGUGUCUCAUCGGUGGAAAAGGGGCGGAGUCAUCGUGUACAGUGAGGAAGGGACGGAGGAACUGUAUAAUCUGAUCCUACCACUGAGAGCUCACUAUCUCCACACUGCAGAGUGAGACAUAUUCUACUGUUGCUGGAAAAAGACCCGUCCCCCACGUUUCCUGGACCUGAUAUCCUCCCUCCCGAUGGUCCACUACAUGCAGGGCCAGGUGUGCGACCUGGACACCUGGCUGAGAGCGGGCGUCCUCUGUCACUGAGUACGUCAUCAUCACCGGGGGCAGGAGACCCCCACAUGACGAGGAACAUAUGGUCGACGCAGCUCACAUCAUGGCCGCUCAGAAGAUCAGCAAGUCAGUGCUCUAUAACUGGGUUAUUCAGGCCUUUGAAAUUUUAAUAGCUGCUGGUAGUUCAAUGCUCGUGUGUUUUUCCUGCACUGCAAGACCUUGCCAUGGAUGUAUUGCCUCUGUGUUCAGAUUAUGGGCUUUCAAGGGCGUCAUAUUCGUUGUGUUUUCUAAAUCUAUGACUGUUUGUCCACAGUCACAA